UAAAUAUGGGUGAUGUUGAGAAAGGCAAGAAGAUUUUUGUUCAGAAGUAUGCCCAGGGUCACACUGUGGAAAAGGGAAGCAAGCACAAGAUGAGUCUGGGUCCAAAUCCCCAUUGUCUCUCUGGGUGGAGGACAGGUCAGGCUGUUGGAUUCUCUUAUACAGAUGCCAAUAAGAACAGAGACAUCACCUGGGGAGAGGAUAUACUCAUGGAGUAUUUGGAGAAUCCCAAGAAGUACAUCCCUGGAACAAAAGUGAUCUUUGCUGGAGUUAAGAAGGUAGAAAGGGCAGACUUGAUAGCUUAUCUCAAAAGAGUUACUAAUGAGUAA